UUCCCUUUCUCCGACAGUGCUGGGGCGGUUGGCAAUGGCGCACAGGGUCCUGGAGCUGACGCUCGUCUCGGCGAGAGACCUGCCGAACGUGAACCUCUUCAGCGGCAUGCAGGUGUACGCCGUGGCGUCCGUCUACGGCGACCCUCGCACGCGGCAGCGGACCCUCACCGACCGCGACGGCGAGACGGACCCGGCGUGGAACCACACGGUCUGGUUCGCCGUCUCGCCCACGGCCGCCGCCGCGGGGCGCGCCUACCUCCACGUGCUCCUCCGCACCGAGCGCUACUUCGCCGGUUCGUUCGGCUUCGGCGACCGCGACGUCGGCGAGGUGUUCAUACUCGUCGCCGACCUGCUCGCGGGCGCCUGCGCUGCCGGAGGAGGCACCCCGUGGCGGUGCGCGUCGUACCCGGUCCGGAAGGCGCAGAGCAACAGGCACUGCGGCACGCUCAGCAUCGCGUACCGCCUCGGCCCCGUGGUGGCGCCGCCGCUGGAACCCGAUUGCCCGGCGGUCAUGCCGCCGUGCCGGCCGGCGCGAAGGAACUUCAACUGGAACGGUCACUUCGCGCUGGGGCUCGGUUCGGGGCUGCUCGGUGGAGGCUUCGCGGGCACGACGACGGCGGCAUAUAGAUCCAGGUAGGAGGCCGCGCGCGUCGUCGGAGACUCGGAGGGUUGGCCUUCCAGUACAAUAUUCACAUACAGGAUACAUAAGUAGUACUACGUCAAGCAUGAAUA